AUGUUCCAUUACACAGCGGGGCAUGGGCGAGUGAUCGAUAGUACCCUCUUUGCAGGUACUUGUUGGCUUCUAUGGAAGAACCGGAACAACUUCUGCUUCCAGGGUGAGCUACAGUCAUUUGCACAAAUUCAGGCUAAAUCUGUACAGUUGAAGCAACAAAUCAUUCAAGCUUCAGAAAAGGAGAGUACGAUAAUCGGAGCCGGGGGACUCCGAACACCGAGAGAUAUCAAGUGGCAGCCACCACAACAUGAGUGGGUGUGCCUCAACACAGACGGAUCAGUGACCAACUCUCCUCUUAGCUCGGCGGCUGGCGGAGUCGUGCAGGGAGACGACGGCCGCUUCAUUACAGCUUUCACUAUGAACCUUGGGGGAGGUUCAGUAACGAGUGCAGAGUUAGCCGGAAUUGUGCAAGGAUUGAAACUCACUUGGGAGGCAGGAGUUCGGAAGGUGAUUCUGCAGACAGAUUCCACCACAGCGAAGCAUCUUAUUGAAGUCGCCACACCACACCAUCGACACUACACAAGCGUCGCCGAAAUACGACGUUGGCUCGCGAGGGACUGGCAAGUCCACAUUGUCCAUGUUUACAGAGAGGCAAAUGUUGUUGCAGAUUAUCUCGCUAAUUUAGGGCAUUUGUGUUCAGUAGGUUCCCAUGUUAUUGCAGCACCUGAUGCUGCUCUUUCUUAUUGGUUGUACCAUGACAUUAUCGGGGUCGGAACGACCCGCUUUAUUAUUGAAUAA